CCAGCGCAUAUACCCCGCCCUCCCAACGCCUUUAUCCUCUUCCGAUCCUCUUUCAUACGUUCGCAGCACGUCAGCGCCGAGACGGAAGGUAACCAUGGCACGCUCUCCAAGAUCGUUGGUAUGCUCUGGCAUAAUUUAUCCUAUGAGGAACGUCAGGUUUGGCAGGCCAAGGCAAGGAGAGCGUAUGCGGAGCAUAAGAGGAUGUACCCUGGGUAUAGCUUCCGGCCGGUGAAAGACAAA